ACCUAUCAGUCACUUCACUUCGCACGUCGCGCGUUCCCGAUGCGCACGCAUACCGUGCGCCGUCUGUGCGGCAAUCGUAAACCUUACACACUCGACAGUAUUAAACACAGAAUACCAAUAAGUCGAAACACCCACUAGAACUGCAGUGGAAUGUUAUGAAUUGAUACGACCCGUUGUACGUACAAAGUGUUCGAUAACAUCCGACAUCGAUUUUACACUGGAACGGGCGAGCUUACUCGGCGAAUGACGAGACGAAACAGUGUUGUGAAUAAUAAAAGCAAGUUUCAAAAUUUGCGGUGAUUUAACGAAAACUUACUGAGCUUUUGUUCGGGCCGUAUUAAAAAUAGUUCUAUAAAACCCACGCGUACACGUAAACGAAACAUGUGCUGGAGUAUGAUGCAAUUGGUAUCGCUGUGGAUUUGAAACCUUAUGUCGUGCAAGCUAAUCGUAUUAUAGAUAUUUAUAUAUAAAAAACGAUGAUGUGGCCUUCUUCACAAGCUAGCAAGAUUCUGCUAUUUUUGCUUCUAGUCAUAAUUGUAUACUGCAUUUAUAUGGAUACAUUCCUAUUCCUGAGAAUCCAGAAUUACAAGAUUGACUUAUACGAUCCUGUAGAGAAUGCCACCCAACAGGAGUCGUCGACGAAGUCGGCGAAAGAACAACCGUGCUACGAAGAUGUCACCUGGAUACCGUGCACCAUAAACCCUCUGUGCCAUCCUACAGUCAAAGGCCUCAUGGUAGACCACAUAAACCAUUAUAUUUACGGGCCACUAUGUGCCAUCGUUGAUAUAGGUCUAGGUAUAUCUGAGAGAAUGUUAUUUAUUACGCCAAAUAUGAUAUCCUUCUUCCAUGUAUUUAUAGCGUGCGUUGGUGCUAACUUAUUAACUUGCCAGAAUUUAGCUGCUAGAAGGCUAGGUAUAGUUUUAUUUCAAUUGAGAAUGUUUUUGGACGAUUUAGACGGGCACGUAGCUAGAGAGAGGAAGCAUAUCAAGGGUGAGAGAUCGGAAGUCGGCACUAUGGGUUAUUGGGUGGAUGGGAUAUGUGAUUUUAUCGGUGUGAUAGCUAUGAUGCUCGGUAUAUUAAUUUAUUUGAAGAAUAAUCCACCGAGAAGAGGAUACAAAGGUACUCCGGUCAGUACUCUACCGUACCACCAGUUGAAAGAGAUAAAUUCAAGUGAGGAUAUUGAAAAGGAGCACACAGCGGAGAUCGGUAUAUCGUAUAAGACGAAAGUGACCUUCCAGAGGAUUGUUCAAGUGAUAGGAUUGUUUUCUGGUCAAAUGUUGUUAUCUUCUUUAACGUGGAAUCGUUAUAUAGAUAUAUAUCAGGAUGUGCUAGAGAAUUGCACUAAUUAUGACAUAGUAAGAAGAGAGGCAGCGUUCAAAUCGGGCAUAUUCUUUUUCGCCACCGCUUUAUGGCGGAUCGUGAAUCCGCACAGUUAUUUGCAUUUAUUGUCGCUGGCAGUGUUCUGCGAUAAAACUUGGGUGUUUUUGAAAACUAUACACUAUAGUGGUUACUUGUGUUUGGUGGUCGCUGUGGCCACGUCGGAGUAUCUUGUUGACGGUAUAAGGACGUUUGUCAUAAACGGUGUCGAAGGCUGAUAGGGUAAUUUUGGAAGUUUAAGACUAUCAAUUGUUAAGGAUCAGUCUUGCCAUGAUAGUUUAAGAUAGAUAUGGAACCUUGUUGAAUUUGUCUUUGAUAAAUGAAAAUUAUAUUUUAAACAUAAUGUUGAGUCAAUAAUGCUGUUUUUGUAUUCACGGAAUGCGUAUGCUGUACAGUAAAGAGAGCAGCUGCUUCCAAUGUAUUGUGUGAUUUUAAGGAAAUAACAAUAGCGCGGAAGCAAUGUUCUGUUGCAAAAUAAAUAAAUAAAUUCUAUAAAACAGCACUCUGUUAUGUUAUCAACCGUUUAAUACAGUUAUACAUUUAUUGAUAACUAAAUUACGGUUUAUUGUGACCUCAAUAUGUACUGUACUUAUUUGAGACACUCACACAUAUGUAUUUUUUAUUUUUAUAAAUUCCAAAAAAUGGGAAACAGUAUACUCUGUUAUGUACAUAGUACUGCUCAUGUCUAUAGGCGACGGUUACCACUUUCCAUCAGGUGGAACAUCAACUUUGUUUGCCAUUCUAAGUUGCAUAAAAAAAAAUCAACUUUUUUCUCCGCGGUAAGCAUAGGUUGUUAAACCUUGACACAAUUAAUUCGAUCUCUUUAGUAGGUAUAUUGGCAAUUUAGUCGAUGUCGAUGUAGGUUACACGAGGGUACCGUCAGCAAUCCUUUCACACGCGCGAACAACAAAAUCCCCUAUAAGUAUGUCUCUGUGUGUGUUAUUUCGUCAUAACCGUAGAAUACUGACGAAAUAACACACACAGAGAAUCAGUACUCUACGACUAUGACGAUUAAAUGGUGGCAUUGUAGUAUUACUCACAGCAUAUCGCAUUUCGUGUGAAAAGCCGUUUAAAAGUAAACUUUAUCUUCCAUAACGACUUCACAAUAAUACUUAAUUCGAUAAAUAGCUAGUUUGUACAAUUUACAGGUUAAUUGUUUAGAUUAAAGUAGUUAGACAUGAUAUAUUGUUAAAGGCCUACGCAGACGGUCCUCGGGCAUAUUUAUUUGUUAGUCGAUCUCUUUGUACGUAUAAUAUUGCAUCGAAAAAUCUUUAAAAAAGUAUGGAUGUCUCUCUCUAUUGAGGAUUAUUUAUUUCUCUAUCAAAUGUAAAUUGGUAUUUAGGUAAGUGUAUGAAUUACUCAAGUCAUAGACGCAACUUUUAUAUCAGUAAAAAAGUAAAAGAUACAAGUGUCUCAAAGAUUAUCUAGAUCGUGUUUCUAUAUUGUAGGUAUGAUUCAUGAUAUAUGUUGUCAUUUCGUCAUAGUCGUAGAAUACUGACGGAUCUGACAUAGAUUACAUAUAAAGAUCCGUCAGUAUUCUACGACUGUGACGAUAUAUGUAUUUGAUAAUCUAUGCUGUCUAAUAGUAAAUAAGAAAAUGUAAUCAAAAAAUGGCUGUUAAGUUACGCAAGCUUUUGCUUACACAACAAUUAACAGAAAAUAAAAAAAAAAAAAUUAACAGCCAUUGUAACAGUGUCUCAGGUAGCAAUGUGACGUCUGCGACCCAAAUAAGACGUUAGUUUUAAAUCAUUUUAGAAUCGGUGACUGAAAAUCGACGUCAAUAUGACGUAUAAUUGCUACUGGUCACUGUAUCUUCGCUUCCAAAGAAGGAAUCCGACAAUUUUUUGCUCAUAUCCGUCAACGUAUUCAGACUACAUAUUGCGUCCAAUGUCGGAACAAUACAAACAUCCGAAAAAAAUGCUCGUUUCUUUUGAGAGUCGGGUAAAAAAGCCAAAAAAACCCCGGGGUCUGUUCCUAGUCUGCGUAGAGCACAUGAGAGAGUAUAUUUCAAUGUAAGCAUUUGUGAUAUUAUGAGCAAAGUGAUUUAUUCUGAUCUGAUUAUCAUGCGGACUCGAGAGUUGUACCUAAAUAAAUAUAAUAUAUUUUUUUAUAAAUAAAUAAAAUAAAUAUUGUAAAAUUGUUAAACAAUUUAUCAUAAAACAAAAAAAUCUCUUACGAAAUCGAGGAGUUACAGUUUUUUUUAAAUUGUAUUUUUAAUUUAAUUAAAAAUGUAUUUAAAAAAGCGGAAGAUGAUUUGAUGAACAGAAAUGGAAUUUGAAAUAUAACUUAAUCAACGUGA